CCACAAUUCCUCUAAUCGCUCUGACGAAGGGUUUAAACGAGUUCGAGGCGUCAGCUUUUCAACUCUUUGCAGUGGAUAGUACUAAAUUACCCCAUCUUCACGAAAGACUGAGCAUUUGCCUUGCCUUUCAAGAAUGGCACAGGAAGGGACCCCAGAGAAAAGUUCCGAUGCCUUGGCAACUGAAGUUGGUCAGAUUAUAUUUGGUGCAAAAAACUUGGAGUACCAGAUCGAAGAAUUUGUCAGUUCCGGUGGCCAGACAGUUAAUAUCCUCCUGAGUGGCAAGACAGGAGUUGGCAAGUCUUAUUUGACAAAUGCGCUUAUUGGAGAAAACCUUGCAGCAGAAGGAUAUGACAUCGACCCACAAACUGAUAACGUAACUGCCUACGAGGUUGUCAAAAACGGCAUAAAUAUCACAGUGUUCGACACUCCGGGACUUGCAGACGCAACCGGCAAUGAUGAAGAAUAUCUGCGGAAAAUCAAGGAGAAAGUAGCUCACUUCGACCUGUUUCUGUUCUGCACUGAGAUGACCAGUAAGCGAUUCCGCACCGACGACUUGGAAACGAUAAAGAAGCUUACAGAUGCCUUGGGGGAGAAACUUUGGGAACAUGCUCUUGUGGUUUUAACCUUUGCCAACGAAGUCCCACUAUCGCCAACCAAGAAGACAGAUGACGUACCUGAAGCAACCGCUUUCAAUAACCGUGUUUUAGCUUUCAAGAAAGCGAUAAACAAACAUUUGGUUGCUAUCGGAGUACCUGAUAUUACAGCGACUAAUGUGCCAUAUACGCCAGCCGGAGAGUUGGAUGAUCCAAGACUUCCAGAUAGAGAAGACUGGUUAACAGCAUUUUGGAUCGCAGCUUUCAAACGUAUCAACAGGAACGCAAAAGCUGCUUUCCUAAUGGCAACUGUCGAUCGUAUUUCAUUUUCUUCCACCUUUAGUGACGGAAACGAAGAAAUCAAAGUAAGGAAAGAUGGCAACGUUGUCAAUCUUGACCAGUUCGGUAAUUUAUCCAUCGAAGAAAGGAAUGCAAUCACAGAAUUCAGAGCCAAAUUGAAAGAGGGCGACUUUGACGAAAAAUUGAACCGUUGUUUAAAGAAAACCAAGAUGUCCGACGAACCUGACCAAGAUACAAAGGUGUCAGGUCCCUCCAUCAAUGUGGACGAAACGUACUCUGAAGAAAUCAUUAAGGAUGUGUUUGGUGGUGUAACAGGGCAACUCAUCGGUGAGCUGACCGGUGCUAAAUCUGGUAGAAAGUACCAAACAUUCUUCGGCUGGCUAACGAAGUAUUUUACGAAGUCUUACCCAACUUCCCGACCCACUUAAGCUAGACCAGAAGGCAUGAAGAAAUGAUCACAUGGUGACCAAAAGAGUGAAGAAGACAAACUAUUUGUCAUUAAAAAUAUCAACCAGUUAAACUAUGAACAUAUAAUAUGUUAACGGAAAUGAACUCUGUGUAUUUUAAAGGUUCAUGUCACGUUCCUGAAAUAAAAUGUUCUUUAGAAAAAAGGUUCAGAUAGAUUGCAUAUAGCUCCAAGCGUUUUUUUGUUACAAGAUAAGACGAGUUUCAAGCAUCUGCAGAUAAAGUUGCUGAGUGAUGAGUUCAAGUAGAUUGCAUGUUAUAUGUGGGC